AUGAAGUUUGGAAAAGAGCUAGCUUCCCAAAUGGUGCAAGAAUGGCAGGGAGCGUACAUGGACUAUGCCCACCUCAAAAAGCAACUCAAAGCUCUCUUGAGAUUCAGACAGCAGAAAGCUUCGCAGUCGAAUCCGGGCUCUCCGGCCCAAUCGGGCUCUCUGAGGAGGAGACUCACCAUGUACCGGGCCUUCAGCGGGCUUUCGGCUCGAAAAAUCGGACCCAAUGAGAAGGAAGAUGAAGUGAUUUUAGUAGGCGAGGGUUCCGAAAACAAUUACCAGACUAUGUUUUUGAGGUCGUCCGAGGAAGGCGGGCAGCAGGAGCUCGAUUUUUUCCGAAAGCUCGAUGAGGAAUUUAACAAAGUUGUUGGAUUUUAUAAGGAAAAAGUUGAGGAGGCUAAGGUUGAGGCCGAUGAGCUGAGCAAGCAAAUGGAUGCGCUUAUUGCGCUUAGAAUCAGAGUUGAUAGGCCUAAUGGUUUGGGCUCGAGAGCCCGGCUCGUGUCCGGUGGUGAUUAUGGAAGUUCGAGCCCUGCUACUGUUAUUGCAUCUGUUAAUGGAGAAAAACAAGGAGUUUCACGCAUGGAUGUAAUUCAUGAAGUAGAGAUGACUACUGAUGAAGCCAAUAAAAAGAAGAAGGAUAACAUGGAAUUCAAGCCAGCUUCUUUGAAUGUUUUGGAUCACGUGAAAAUCAACGUUGAUCCCGAAUCGCCAGUCUCGACUAUGAAAAACAUCAUUAUGAGCUCGAAAUCCGAGCUGUCAUUCAGUAAGGAGGAGCUCAGGAAAGCAGAGGAAAAAUUGAGAAAGGCCUUCAUCGAAUUUUACCAACAACUUCGACUUUUGAAAAGUUACUGUUUCUUGAAUAUGCUUGCAUUUUCCAAGAUAAUGAAGAAAUACGACAAGAUUACCUCAAGGAGUGCUUCAAAAGCUUAUUUAGAGAUGGUUGACAAGUCUUAUCUUGGCAGCUCUGAUGAGGUCAACAAGCUCAUAGAGAGACUCGAAUCCACAUUCAUCAAGCACUUCUCAAACGGCAACCGAAGAAAAGGAAUAAAAUCUUUGAAGCCUGGACAUAAAAAGGAGAGACACAGAGUAACAUUUUUCCUCGGUUUAUUUACCGGCUGCUCGAUAGCGCUAAUUGCUGCCAUUAUCGUCUCGAUACACGCUCGCAACCUUCUGAAUCACGAGGGACGUGGGCUCUACAUGGAGAACAUAUUUCCACUCUAUAGCUUGUUCGGUUUUAUUGUCCUUCACAUGGUGAUGUAUGGAUGGAACACUUACCUUUGGAGGCGUUUUCGAGUGAAUUACCCGUUUAUAUUCGGAUUUAAGUCGGGAACUGAAUUGGGUUUUAGAGAAAUUCUUCUUCUUGCUUCGGGACUUUCGGUUCUUGCAUUGGCUGCUGUGCUUUCGAACCUUGACAUGGAGAUGGAUCCGAGGACUAAAAGCUAUAAAACACUCACUGAAUUGGUUCCUCUUGGCCUAGUCAUCGCUGUGCUCUUAAUAGCCUUCUGUCCAUUCAAUAUAAUUUACCGCUCGAGUCGUUUCUUUCUAAUCCAUUGCUUGUGGCAUUGUAUUUGCGCGCCACUGUAUAAGGUGAGGCUUCCUGAUUUCUUUUUGGCAGAUCAGUUAACAAGCCAGGUCCAAGCUUUCAGAAGCUUGCAGUUUUACAUAUGCUAUUAUGGGUGGGGAGAUUUCAAGAGGAGAUCGAACAAAUGCCUCGAUAGCAACGUAUACCAAGUUCUAUACAUUGUCGUUGCUAUCAUCCCUUUCUGGUCCCGUUUUCUUCAGUGCCUUCGGCGUUUGUUUGAGGAAAAAGACUCGAUGCAAGGGCUUAACUCGCUCAAGUACUUAUCGACUAUAGUUGCGCUCGUCAUGCGGACAUUGUACGAUCUCAAGAGAGGAUCGUUUUGGCGAGUAAUGGCUGCUUCCAUGUCGGGAGUCACGACUGUUUUUAACACGUAUUGGGACAUUGUAAUCGAUUGGGGCUUUCUGAAGAGGAAAUCGAAAAACCCAUGGCUGCGGGAUAAGUUGUUGUUGUCAAACAAAGCUGUGUAUUUUGUGGCUAUAGUAGUGAAUAUUCUGCUGAGGCUUGUUUGGAUGCAGCUGGUUCUUGAUUUCCAUGAAGCUCCAUUUUUGCAUAGGAAGGCCAUGGUGGCUAUUGUUGCCAGCUUGGAGAUUAUCCGACGUGGCAUCUGGAAUUUCUUCAGGUUGGAGAAUGAGCACUUCAACAACGUAGGAAAAUAUCGUGCAUUCAAUUCAGUGCCAUUACCAUUUCACUAUGAAGACGAAAAAAAUAUGUGA